AUGGCAAAGACAAAGACAAGGGAGGAAGUCAAAGAUAUGUGGUGGAAAGUGAUGGCCAAGAUCUUGUUGGCUGAACAUCGCGAGCGGAGGGAGAAAGAAGAGGUGGCUUCAACUUGGGAGAGGGCGAGAAGCGCGGCAAGUGUUACGGAGGGUACCUCUAGGCCGUCUUCUCCUAUUUCGUUCGUGAGUAGCGAGGGGACUGAUUCCUCGCUGCGUCCUGAGGACUGUUUCUCAACCGUUAGCGGAGGGAGUGUCCACUCGGAAGACGACGGAGAGGAUGAAGAGGCUGUUCAAGCUGCUAGCAACGAUUCUUCGAAUCCUGAAUUCGACGAGUGGUAUGCCGAGUGGUUCUCCCAAUGGGUAUUGGAAACCUCUCGCAAACUUAGAUCCCCUGAAUCGGAAUCUAGAUUCUCCUCUUAUUCCAUUUCUUCGUCAGCAGCGUCGUCGGUAAAUGGCAGCGACCAUCAUGAGGAAGAAGUGGAAGGCAACGCCUCCGACGAAGAAGAGGACAUCAACAUGAUCCGAACCAGACCGUCCACGCCGACACCCUUUUCCUCACCCAUCAUUAUUGCGGUCCGAGGUCGAGAUCGAUACCGCCGCCGUCUUUCCCUGUCCGGCUCAUCAUCGUCUGAUUCUUCACCUAGCCCCCCGACUCGUCGCAAUUCCAGCAUCCCCCCCUCCUCUCCAGCCUAUCGCUCCCCAAGCCGCCGCCGCCGCCGCUUACCGAGCCCCUUUUGCACUACUAAAGGGUUGCCAAACCCAUCUAGCCCCAUCUUCCGUCGUCGAACUCCCUCUCCCCUGAAUAUCAACCACUUUCCCCUUCCUCCUUCUACCCUACUAUCCCCGGUCUUUCCCACCGCUUCCUCCCCUUCCUCCCACCCUUCCUCCCGCUCUUCCUCCCGUUCAAACUCCCGCCCAUGCUGCCGCUCACCCUCCCAGUCACCCUCCCGCUCACCCUCCCGCCCAUCCUCCCCCCUAUCUUCCCGCCCUUCCUCCCCAACCGCCACCCAACACUUCCAAGUCCAAGACCAGUGGCAGCACAAAGGCCGCCCCAUGAACGCCAAAACAGAAGACUACCUCUCCAACGCGCACCUCCUCCGUUUUCCCGCCACUGUUUCAGCACGACUGAUGAUGACUGCCGAGACGCUGGGGGUGGCGGGGGAAGGGAAGAGGAAGUUGAGGACUCCUACGGUGUCGGAACCGGUGAAUGAGGCAAAGUGGAGGAGAGCGAGCGAGGAGGUUAAGGGGUUUGAUUGGGGGUUUGGGAUGGGGAGGGUUGUGGUUUUGUAUGGCGAUGUUUGA